AUGCUCUCCGCCCAUUUCGCAACCAUGGACGACUUCCUGCAAGACUUCUGGACUUACCACAUAUAUACAGACUCGUGGAUAGAGGUUGCCUCCCAGCCCUCAUCCUCCUCUCUCUCCUCUACCACCUCAGCCACCGACGAGAUCAUCACCGACGGUCUGCGUGUCCAGCACGACUCCAACUCCCGCCGCCGUCGACAGCAGCGCGCCUCUCGCCUGCAUCUGGACUUGGGUUACCGCGGUUCAGGAAGUGCAGGCACAAGCAGUCAGGAGGAGUAUGAAGAGAGUGAAAGCGAGUCGGACCGCGUGCUAUCGUCGUCAAACGAGGCUCUUCCACGGGCCCCUGUCUACCAAGACCUUCGUCGGACGGGCCGGGUGCAGUAUUCUUCUUCGGACAAUCAGUCGGACGAAGAGGAAGACGAUGAGGACGAAAACUCAACCGCUGUCGGGUACCUCAGGAGUGAUAACCAGAGCUUCACUCCCCAGCCCAACGCCUUCACGCACCCGCCCUCAGCACCCCUCAACCGUCCUUCGAAUGAACAGACCUCCUACUUUCAGUCGCGCCCCUCAGCAAGAAGCGCUGAGCAGCGCCACUCGUACACUUCGCAACCAGCCCACUCUCCUUACAACAUGAUUGCACCCUCUCACCAAGCCGACCAUGACGCUGCCCUCCGUGCCAGUUUGUCCACACUUCUCUCCUGCGCCGCUGCCGCUCGCGGUCUGCCGAAGUCACAGUCGCAAACCACAACCACCCGCAACGCCCCCGCACCCUCUUCUAGCCGCGUUGAUCCCAGCACCCUCCGCAUGGUUCCCGAAUCAGCCCUCCCAUCUUCUUCCCCCUCUCCUCCGGUAACAUCUGUCAGCAAACCUCCAACUACCCGCACCAACACUGCUUCACCGAAAAGCGGUAGUUCUGAGGAGAAGCACAAGCGACGCUCCAGCCGGGAGCGGCGGGGUUCGACCAAGAAAGCCAGGCGUGCCGCCGGCGCCGGCGCUGUUGCCGCCUCUUCGUCUACAUCUCUCGAUGACAACUCUGCCACCACGGCGCUUGGCCAAGUUAGUCCGACGCUGCUCACCUGGGUCGUCAGUGCUGGUGUGGUUGUGCUUGUGUCCGCGCUUAGCUUUUCGGCUGGCUACGUCGUCGGGCGUGAUGCGGGCCGGGCAGAGGUCGAAAUGCUGGGCGAGAUGGGCGCGAAUGCUAGCAAUGUGGGUAGCUGUGCUAGCGAGGUGGUCGGACGAGGGGGUACAGGCCUUGGACUGAGGAGGCUGAGGUUUUCUGAUGCUGUGAGAGUCUCGUGA